CAAAAUAAACAGCAUACACCAAAAGAAGAAGAAAAAAUGGCAAACGCAAAGGAGAAGCACCAUUUCAUACUAGUGCAUGGCGCGGGCCAUGGCUCGUGGUGCUGGUACAAGGUGAAGCCGCGGCUCGAGGAGGCAGGCCACCGAGUCACGGUGCUCGACCUAGCCGCCGCCGGGAUCGACAUGAGAUCGAUUAAAGACAUUGACACGUGCGAAGAGUAUUCCAAACCGUUGAUGACGGUUCUUGGUUCGUCAUCACCAUGUGAUGGUCAUGAUGAAAAAGUGGUGCUUGUCGGUCAUAGUUUUGGAGGUCUGAGUUUGGCAAUGGCGAUGGAUAGGUUUCCGGACAAGAUCUCUGUCUCUGUCUUCUUGACAGCUUUCAUGCCCGACACCAGAAACCCUCCAUCGUUCGUUAUCGAUAAGUUCGUGAACAACAUGCCACCAGAUGCAUGGAUGGGAACCAAGUUCGAACCGUACGGCCCUCAUAAAACCGGCCUCAGUAUGCUGUUCAGCAAGGAUUUCAUGAAGCACAAGCUUUACCAGCUUUCUCCUCGUGAGGAUCUUGAGCUUGGACUGACCCUUGUGAGGCCUGGAUCAUUGUUCACGAACGAUCUAUCGGAGAGGAAGAGAUUCUCGGACAAAGGGUACGGAUCUGUCCGUAGAGUGUUCGUCGUAUGCAAAGAGGAUAAGGCUAUUCCCGAAGAACACCAGCGUUGGAUGAUUCAGAAUUUCCCUGCGGACCAUGUUGUCGACAUGGAAGAUACGGAUCACAUGCCUAUGAUGUGUAACCCUCUUCAACUCACCCAUCAUCUUCUCGACAUCGCCAACAAAUUCGCCUGAAUAUAUAUACGCACACACAUAUAUAUAUAUAUUAUUCGAAUAAUGGUGGUUGUAACAUGUGAAUGACAACUACGUCGACGAAGGUUGUCUAUAUAUCGUGUUAUUCAAGUUAUUCUAUAGUGUUUGUGACGGAUAAUGAACGACUAAGUGCCGUGUAGAAUUGUGACAUGCAUGUUGUCGUAUUGCAAUGUAUAGAAUUAAAUUAGUAGGCAUGUUUAAUUAUCGUUAUUAAUUAGAAGAAGGGGCUAAAAUGAUUAAAUGA